AUGAAAUUAGAACUUCACUAUAAUUUGAAAACAAUGCUUUCAAUGACAUUUGCAAUGAUAAAGCCGGAAGCCGUUGCAAUACCAUAUAUUACCAAGGUUAUUUGGGAUGAAAUUUUGGUUAAUAAGCUGGAAAUUAUAGGAGCAAAAAGGAUACAUUUGAAUAGAGAGAUGGCUAAGAAAUUGUAUGCAAUACAUGAAGGAAAAUUUUUCUAUGAACGACUCAUUCAACAUGUCAUAAGUGGACCAGUGAUAGUGAUGAAGCUUGGAUGUGCAACAGGUAAUGCAAUUGAACGAUGGCGUGCAUUAAUGGGGCCGUCAAAAAUGUUGCGAACAUUGCAGCUGCAGAAUAUUUCAUCAUUGCGAGCUCGUUUUGCACUUUCGGAUACACGUAAUUUGGUACAUGGAGCUGAUUCACAGCAAACUGCUAACUAUGAAUUGAGUUUAUUUGCACCGUAUCCGGAAAUUAACCUUCAAAGUAUAUUACCAAAAUAG